UCACCUUGCAUAAGGUUUACGUAAGAUCACUUGUGAAAUUACUGGAUAUUCCACAUUUUUUCCGAUGGAUUUAUCUUCUGGACUUCAUAAGAAGAUUUGUGGCCGCCUUUGAAUCAUCAUAGCUCCUGCAUUCUCUUGGAUCCAGCCCACCUUGAAAGAUACAUCGCAGCUCCGGCGUUCUUUUACGCGUCCUUCCAAGUUGCCAGAUAGCGAGGAUGCUAGUGAGGAUGCGGUAAGGCUGCCUCCAACGCCUCCAGCGGCAUCCUUGUUUCCUCGUCUCCCCGGCUUGGCCAGACCAUCGCUUGUCUUCAGUUUUUUUUUUUUUUUUUGGAUUGCCUUAUUUGUGUUUGCGUGUGCGUGUGCGCGCGAGCGCGUCUCGGAUCGCCUUGGCGCGCGUAAAGCAGCCCAAGGAGUCGACGUGGAGGAGAGAGAGGAGCAAGGAGGGGGAGACCCAGACCCAGGAGAAGCCUCCAUGUUUCAGCUGCCCAUCUUGAAUUUCAGCCCCCAGCAGGUCGCCGGGGUGUGCGAGACUCUGGAGGAGAGCGGCGACGUGGGUCGCCUCGGCCGCUUUCUGUGGUCGCUGCCCGUCGCCCCGGCAGCCUGCGAGGUCCUCAACAAGAACGAGUCCGUGCUGAGGGCCAGGGCUGUGGUCGCCUUCCACACCGGUAAUUUCCGCGAACUCUACCACAUCCUGGAGAACAACAAGUUCACCAAAGAGUCGCACACUAAGCUGCAGGCGCUGUGGCUCGAAGCCCAUUACCAGGAGGCCGAGAAGCUCCGGGGACGCCCGCUGGGGCCCGUUGACAAAUACAGGGUACGGAAGAAGUUCCCCUUGCCUAGAACCAUAUGGGAUGGAGAGCAGAAAACCCACUGCUUCAAGGAGCGGACCCGGCACUUGUUACGUGAAUGGUACUUGCAGGAUCCGUACCCGAAUCCCAGUAAAAAGCGAGAGCUUGCACAGGCUACCGGACUUACACCCACACAGGUCGGAAACUGGUUCAAAAACCGAAGACAACGAGACAGAGCCGCGGCUGCCAAGAACAGGCUCCAGCAGCAGGUCCUGUCCGGCGGCUCCGUUCGCUCCCUGGCGGACGAGGACGGCACCGUGGACCGUCUGGGGAACUCGUCCAGUCCGGAGGCGAGCCUGUCCAGCAAAGCGGCGGCCUCGGCCAUCUCCAUCACCUCCAGCGACAGUGAAUGUGACAUCUGACCACUCCGGCUCCGCUCCUGAUGAAUGAAAGGGGAAAAAAAGGGAGGAUGCGAGUGAAAGACAAUCGAAUAAAACGACUCAUAGUGCCUGCGUUGAGUUACACACACAUACAUAUUUGGAUAUUUGACGGUUGCCAAAAAGACGACAAGAUCUGUGAUGCCUAUACUUUUAUUAUUUUGCAUCUGACAUACGGAUAACCCCCCCCCCCCUCAGUUGAAAAAAAAAAAACACCCGAAAAGGAAGGCAUAAUAACGAGCGCCUAUAUAACCUGCUGUUUUCCGUGGGUAUUUCAUGUUGAAAAAAAAAGAACUGUUAUUUUUGCGUUACUUUGAAAGUUUUAUAAAUAAUGUUUAUUUGCCUAUUUAAAACUAUCUGCUCUGUCGUUUUUGGAUUUCAUAUUCAUUUUCUGCUUGAUGUUUUUUAAUACUUGUGCACAGGUGAACCUGUUGAGCAUGCGCGCUUUAGUGACGUUGUGUUUCAGUAAAAGGAACAAAAAAAAAGUAACUUAAUAAAAAUAAUUGUGGAUCAAGAGAGUUUUUUUUGUGAUUGGUGUUCGCGGAGGGAAAUCGGGUAAUUAAAAUAAAAAAAAAAUAUGGAAUGUUUUAUAAAGCAUCUUCCAUGAGAGGUUUGCAUCCAUUGUUAAUGGC